AUGGGGAGGAUGUCUGAUGGGAUAGGCACUCAAGUGAAGGUCCAGAUGAUCAACAAAUGCAGUUGCACUGAAUAUGAAUUUCAAUUCAUCCAAAGAAUUAUUAAAGAGAUUUCAAGUACCAAACCAAAUCGUAUGCAGUUAUUUGUUACAAAAUACCCAAUUGGAAUAGAUUCUCAUGUUGAGGCUAUAGAAUUGCUUUUUGAUAUGAAUACAUAUGAAGUUCACAUGCUAGGCAUUUGUGGCCUUGGGGGAGUAGGCAAGACUACAAUCACAAAAGCUAUUUAUAACAGAAUUAUUGAUCGUUUUGAAGGAAGUUGCUUUCUAGAGAACGUUAGAGAAAAGUCAGGGACAAAUGACUGCAUAAUCCAACAACAAGAGAGGCUUCUUUCUAAGAUCUUAGGGAAUAGAUAUUUGAAGGUGGACAGUGUACUCGAAGGAAUCAAUAUGAUCAAGAAAACACUUUGUCGAACAAGAAUUCUUUUAGUUCUUGAUGAUGUUGAUGAAUUGAAAGAGAUAGAAAAUUUUCUUGGAGAAUGUAAUUGGCUUUCUUUGGGAAGUAGAGUCAUUAUAACAACAAGAGACAAACAUCUAAUAACCGCACUUGGUAAAGAUCAUCCAAUUUAUGAGGUUAAGGAACUGAAUCAAAGUGAAGCUCUUGAACUCUUCAGUUUGCAUGCCUUCCAAACAGAUAAACUUGAGAAGGAGUAUUCGAAACUUGCUGAGCAAAUUAUAAAUUAUGCCAAUGGCCUUCCAUUGGCUCUAAAAAAAUAG